AUGGCUUCCAACAGUGCGAUAAUAGAACUUAUUGACGGCGACCCGAAUGGUGUCCAAGUGGUGUCGGUCAGACCAAAAAAACCGAUAGAAGUGGUGGACCCGACUCCUCGAUGGGCGGCAUCAUUUGUGUUGAUCGCACAACGCAUACGCACGGCUCUGGGCGACCGUGCUCUCGCGAUAGAACACAGUGGUUCGACCAGCAUACCAAUCGCCGCGAAGGACGUUAUCGACGUCGAUCUCGUGGUGGCUGACCCUGCCGAUGAAGCGUCAUACGCGAAGGCACUUGAGGACGCUGGCUUCCAGUUCCUUCUCCGCGAACCUGGUUGGUAUGAACAUCGCCUCUUCGGCCUUGGUGACCCAUACGCCAAUAUUCACGUCUUUGGGCCGAAUAGUGCUGAGCUUGCACGGCACCGCAUUUUCAAGAAGUGGAUAGCGGAGAACGAAAGUGACAGACUGGUCUACGUGAAAGCCAAGCGGGCCGCCGCAGAGGCAGGCCGGGAGACAGGCGAUACGGUGACUCAGUACAAUAAGAGAAAAGACCCAGUCGUCAAGGAGAUUCUCAAACGCGCUUUUGCGGCGCAAGGCCUUUUAUGA